AAUAAUGUAAAUAAUGCUAUUUAAAAAUCUCUAUCUGCUUAAAAUUCAAUUUAAAUUUAGUUUAGUAAUAUAAAAUCGUUUUGGAUUAAUAUAAACUCGUUUAAUUAUUAAAUUAUAUGACAAGUGUCAAAAUGUAAAACAUAACCACAAAAACAAAAGGAAUAAAUAAAACAACGCGGUAAACAGUUUAUUUAAUGAAAUAAAGUUAAAAUGAAUGUUAAAAAGGGGGAAUGUAAGUUAUGUAAUAGCGUGGAAGUAGUUGUUUUUGAUGAAAAAAUAAAGGAAGAUAUACAAAAUGCUUUUUUAGUUAAAGAAAAAUGGAAAAGCAUCCAGGAUAUGAAAGAAUUCUUCAUAUGCCCCACAUGCAUCUUUAAAGUGCACUUAUCAAGUAAAAUCCACAAAAACUUUAAGAAAACAAAGAAGAAAACCAGGAAACUUAAACAGUGCUUUUUUUGCGAUUCCAUCGGAGAUAGACUUUUAUUUUUAACUGGAGAUAAUCCGAGUAAUUUUAAAAAGCAUUUCAUUCAGUUUGUUGAAUCAAUAGGAAGUAAUGAGAGGAUUGAAGAAGUUUUUGAUAAACUAAUUUGUUCCGAAUGUUUGUUUGGGUUUGUUGUUUGGGGGAAAUUACAGAAACAAGUUUUUACUUUCUUAAAUCUUUCUCAUAACAAUAAUGAUGAAGAGCAAUAUGAAGAUUCGGAACUUGCGGAGGAAUCAAAAAGAUUACGGAUGUUAAAACCACGAUCUUCUGGAGAUGAACUCAAGAGAUCUUUGAAUGCUCGAUUAUUCCAACAAAAACAUAGAAAAAAAAGAAGUCAAUUUGGGUCAUUAAAAAAAUUACUUUCACAGAAAAAAAUAAAGGUUAAAGUAAAUAAUGAUAUCAAAAAAGAUGAUAAAAUGUAUUCAAAAGUUCCUUAUGUCAAAAUGGGGCGAUGUGCAGAGUUUAAUAACGAAGAAGCAUGUUGUAUAAGUGAUGAUGAUGAUUUAAUUACGCCUCGUUUAUCCCCAAUUGUAAGCUCCAUAAACAGAACUAAUUCAAGACCACAUUUAUGCAACAUUUGCGAUAAAUCGUUUCAAUUAAAAUGUGAUUACUUAAGUCAUAUUUUAAAUCAUGACAAAUUUGAAAACCUUAUUAUAAACGUUGCAAGACUUGAUCUGAAUAAUUUAACAAAAAUGAACAAUGAUUUCAAUAAGAUUGCUGUUAAAUAUUUAGGCGAUUCACAGCCAAGUACAUCUAAAUUUGACACCAGAAGAAGUCAUCUGAAUAGUGAAACAUCUUCAAGCAGUGACAAAAAAGUAUUUAAAUUUAAAAUCAAUCCGAAUAAGAAAAAAUUGCAACUUAAAACUAGUGUUGAAGAAGAGGAGGAGACUGAUGUUGAAAUAAAUCUUCUGAGUGAUGACAUAAAUAAAAAUAAAAAAGAUGAUUUUAAUGAGGAAGAUAAAAUUAAUGAAAAUGAACAAGAUGAAUUAGAAUCAUUUAGAUUAGGUACUGAUGGAAAUAAUGAAAUUGAUAGUAGUAAGGUUGAAAUAAGUUUUCAUGGUGAAGAAAAUCUAAAACAGAAUGAUGAAGUCAUUGAAACUAUUCCAGCUAUUAGUAGCUUAACAGUUGAAGUUGGUGGUGAACAAUCAAGUGAUGAACACCAAAAUGAUUCUGAUGAGGAAGGUAGUAAUUCUUCGAGGAUACAAUCUCAACUUCACGAACAAAUUCCAACAGAAAUUAAUUCUGAAGAAAAAAAUAACGAAACUGAUGAUAAUAUUAAGAGUAAUCAAUCUCCCAUUCAAAUAGAAUGUUCAGAGGAAACUGAUUUUGAAAAGGAAAUGCAUGAAAAAGAUUCAAAUUCUUUAAGAAAUCAAUCUCCACUUCAAGAUAAUGAAGAUUUUUUCAAUAAUGAUUGUGUUAUUGAAGAAAACAUACCAGCAGAAACUUCUAAAAGAAAAUUAUCAACAGAAGAUGAACAAAUUGAAUCAUUAUCAACAGAAAAUAGUAAAAGUGAAGAAUUUUUAAAAACUGUUGAUGAAUCUCAAAAUGAACCAAAUUCUUUAGAAAACAAUCAAGAAUCACAAGAAAGUAUAUCAACUUUGGCUGAAAAUUCUGAUUUAGAUGAAACAUUUCUUAAUGAAUCACCAGAAAUAAUUGAAACUAAAACUAAAUCAGAUAAAGAUUUAAAAGGUGAUCAUGAAUUGAAUGAAAUGGAAGUGGUUACUUUUGAUGAUUUAAAAAAUCUUGGUGAGACCGUUGUUUGGGUAAAUGAUGAGUCAGGUAAAGAUGAUUCAGUUGGAUCAACAGAACAGACUAAAGAAGAAAAAGAAAAUGUUGAACAAGAAAAAAAUGUUGAUGAUGAAGAAGAUGAAGAAAAUGACGAUGAAUUGGAAGAAGAAACUGAUGAACAUAAUGAAGAUACUCAAUUGAAGAAUGCUCCAAUAAUGACCAAUGAGGAUUUAUUAAAUAUUUUGGAGGAAAGUGCUUCAGAAAAGGCUGAAGAAGAAGAAAGUAUGAAAAGAAAACGAGCAUAUUCCGAAAGUGGGGAUGAUUUUAGUUCAAAUGGAGAUAAUCAAACACCAAGGACUUUAAAUAAAAGAGUGUCACAAAAUUAUCGAAUUCAUAAAAGAGGGAAAUCUUGUUUAAUCAAUAUCGAUAAUUCCAAAGGAGAAACAUCUACAUCUAAAGCACAAUCACCUACACUCAGCGAUGGAGAUAGUAUAAGGAUCGAAUUUAAGGAUACAUCAUCAAGUAAUUCAGAAAGUAAUGAAUCAAUUCAUCGAUUAAAAAGAAAAUAUCAAACAAGACCUCGAUCGAGCGCACAAAAAAUUCAAAUUGGUGAUGCUGAAAAAGAAAAUUCUUCAAACGAUGAAGUUAAUCAAAAAAAUAAAAAAAUUGAUGAAGAUGAAGAAUGGCUCGUAAGCGACUCAAAAGAAGAAUCUUCUUCUGCCAGUAUUGAAGAAACUUUUACCGAUGAUCUUGAUAAAAUGAUUUCUACAACGGAUGAUUUAGAAUACUUUGAAAGUGAACAAUCUUCAUCAAGUCAAUUUACGAAAAGAAAUUAUCGUACAAGAUCUCGAAUACGAAUAAAUCAUUCUUCUAAUCGCACUGAUGAAGAAUUGAGUGCAAAAAGAUCCAAGUUGAAAAAAGAUUUUUCUGAAAGCUCCUCAAAAGAAGAGUCUUCAUCAAAAGAUUCAUCAUGGGAAGAAAUAUCUUCAAGCAGUGAAGGGUUUUUAAGUGAAGAGUUUGAAAUUAGAAGUGCCAAAGAAAUAAGAACAAGAAAUACUAAAUUAAGUGUUUUGGACGACGAAAUUUCAUCGAGAUAUGAGUCUUCGGAAUCAGAAUUAUUAACAGAUUCAUCUUCUAGUAAUCAAAGAGUACUCACCAAAGAUAGUGAUGAAGCUAAAUCAUCAAAUCAAUCUAAGAAAAGAAUUUAUCGAACAAGGUCUCGUAUGAUAUUACAAAAAUCUCAAAAUGCUCAAAAUAAUAAUGAAAAUUCUUCAAAUGAUGGCGAUAAUUUGAUGAACUCUAAAGCAAUUGAUGAAAUAAAUGAGUUAUUAGCAAAAGAAUCUUUUGCAAGCUCAACACAAUCGGAACUAUCAAAUAAUGGCGAAUCUCAAAUUUUGAUACAUUCCAACAUAAUUCUUUCUACUGCUCAAAGUGCCCAAAAAUCAAAUCCAAAAACAUCCAAAUUGGAACAAAGAAAUAUUGAAAGUGAUGAAGAUGAGUUUGUUGUAAAUGAUUCAUCAAAUGAUAAUUCUUCAAGUGUGGAAUCAUCACAAGAGCCUACAACAAGUGAUUCAAAAAUAGUUAGCACAUCAUAUGACUCUAGUAGAUCUAGAAAUACAAAGUAUCGAACAAGAUCUCAAUUGGAUCCAACCGCUCAAGAAAAUUCUUCAAAUGAAGAAGACACCCUAAGAAAGUCCACAUCUAAAAGAACUAGUGAUCAUUUACAAUCAAAGAAACGAAAGUUUAAAAAGAUUUAUCUCAGGGAUGAUGAUUCAAAUAGUCGAGAAGAUUCUCCACCCACAAAUGUAAAAUGGAUUGACACUAGAAUAAAUAAUCAAAAAAUUUUUAGUGUUAACGACGAUACUGAAAAUGCUUCACAACCAAAUGAGAUUGAGAUUAACGUAGAAGUGAAUCAAUUUGGUCAUGUUUUAGAUGAUGAUAAAAUUGCAACAUUAGAAAGUGAUGAUGAUGUAAUUGAGGUUGCUUUAUCACCUGAAAAAAUUGUGAUAUUAUCAGAUUCAAAUUCAAAUUUGUCAGAUUGUUCAACGGAACUUUUGGAUAAUAUAUCUAUCCUAAGAGAAUUUGAAACGGAUACUCCAUCUCCGCCUUUAAUUACCGAGGUUCAGUGAUUGGUUGAAAUGAAUAAUUAAAAUGUUUAUUAUUUUUAUUACUUUAGGAAAAUGUUAAA